GCACCGGGCCCCCGGGCGGAGCAGCAGGCACCGGGCCCCCGGGCGGGGCAGCAGGCACCGGGCCCCCGGGCUGGGCAGCAGGCACCGGGCCCCCGGGCGGAGCAGCAGGCACCGGGCCCCCGGGCGGAGCAGCAGGCACCGGGCCCCCGGGCGGAGCAGCAGGCACCGGGCCCCCGGGCGGGGGGGGUGACAGGCAUCGUGCCCCCAGGCGGGGCGACAGGCAUCGUGCCCCCAGGCGGAGCGGCGGGCGCCGGACCCUCAGGCGGAGUGGCGGGCGCCGGACCCCCAGGCGGAGCGACAGGUCUCGGGCCCUCAGGCGGAGAGUGGCGGGCGCCGGACCCCCAGGAGGAGCGACAGGUCUCGGGCCCUCAGGCGGAGCGGCGGGCGCCGGACCCCCAGGCGGAGCGACAGGUCUCGGGCCCUCAGGCGGAGCGGCGGGCGCCGGACCCCCAGGUGGAGCGACAGGUCUCGGGCCCUCAGGCGGAGCGACAGGUCUCGGGCCCCCAGGCGGGGCGGCGGGCGCCGGAUCCCCAGGCGGAGCGGCGGGCGCCGGACCCCCAGGAGGAGCGACAGGUCUCGGGCCCUCAGGCGGAGCGGCGGGCGCCGGACCCC